GGACUGCACAGCUCAUUCUCCCCGACUGGUGGUUCCUUCUGCCAAGAGUGACCUUCUCUAUCCUUACGUACCCUCCUGCCCCAGCUCAAACGCAUCUUCUCCUGGAAGAGGGGUCUGCCACGUUCCUGCCUCAUCUUCCCCACUGAACUUGGAACUCCUCGAGGGCAGGGUUGGGUCCUACUCAACGGGCAUCCACGGAGCUGGCUCAGCAAACUUACACUGGUCAUCUGAGCCUGCGCCCGCCCUUCCUCCCAGGCCAGGGCGCCCCCACCCCCUGGGUUUUUCCUCCGUGGACUCCGCUUCCUUUUCCUUCUUUUCUCCCUCCUCCUUCUUCUUCUUCUUUUCCACGUGUCUUCUCCUCCCAUCCUCUUUUCUCUCCAUCCCCAUCUCCCACUCCUUCCCACGCCCCAUCUCCCCUUCCCACGCCCCAUCUCCCCUUCCCACGCCCCAUCUCCCCUUCCCACGCCCCAUCUCCCGGACCCCCACCACCCCGCGCCGCCCCCAACCCCGGGCCGGGCAGGUGCAAUUCCUCAGCCGGCCUACAGAGGGCGAUGUGCGCCGCCACUGGGCCGCGCCCCUCCGGCGCGCGCUUCCUGUGAGGUCAGGUGGGAGGAAGCCGCCUGGAGCCGCCGGGAGUGGACGCCGCCGAGGCCCGGAGUCGCGCCUGCAGGUGAGUCGCCGCGCCGCGGAGGAAGCGCAUCCCUCGCCGCAGCCCGGGCCGGGACUGGGAGCCGGUGUCGGGCUCCAGAGGCUGGGGCUGGCGGCCGGGGCAGCGUCCCUCCCGCCCCCGGCCCGGAAUGUCAGGCACAGCACCUGCUCAGCGUGGGUCACCUCUGUGAGCAUCACUGACUGCAAGCCUCCCUCAAUUUCUGGUGCAGCCCAUCAGGGACCCACAGCGCCUGGGAGGAUGGUGCGGAUCUUGGCCAAUGGGGAAAUUGUGCAGGAUGACGACCCCCGAGUGAGGACCACUACCCAGCCACCAAGAGGUAGCAUUCCUCGACAGAGCUUCUUCAACAGGGGCCAUGGUGCUCCCCCAGGGGGUCCUGGCCACCGCCAGCAGCAGGCAGGUGCCAGGCUGGGUGCUGCUCAGUCCCCCUUCAAUGACCUCAACCGGCAGCUGGUGAACAUGGGCUUUCCGCAGUGGCAUCUCGGCAACCAUGCUGUGGAGCCGGUGACCUCCAUCCUGCUCCUCUUCCUGCUCAUGAUGCUUGGUGUUCGUGGCCUCCUCCUGGUUGGCCUUGUCUACCUGGUGUCCCACCUGAGUCAGCGGUGACCUCUGGGGGCUGAUGGGGGUGGGCCUGUUGAGAGGGACUUGCUGGGUCUUGGUGUGAGAGCAGGCAUAUUUGGAGGGGAUCUGGUGGUGCCUUGAAGGUGUGAUCAGAGAGGGAACCACAGGUGUGUGUUUCCCCCUUGUGUUAAGCAUGAAGCAGAGGGAGACAUUAGUCCAGCAUUUCCAAAGUGUGGGUGGAUCUGUUGGUUCCCGAGAUACUUUUAGGUGGUAUGGAGCCUGCAUUAAGUGGCACAAAAUCAGAGCAAGAAAGUGAUGCCCUUCCCAAUUCUCUCAAUCCUUUUAUGCCGAGAAGAUCUCAGCUGGAUGCCAACAUGUUCUGAUGCCUGUGGAAGACAUGCCGACGUCUCCUCUGCCUAGGGAGCAGGACUUGGGCUUAGGGAAGGUGGGAAAAAUUCCAGACUUUUAUAGCUUUGUUUUUGUUUUAAUGGUAUAUUUUUAUUGGCUACUUAUUGUUUAGGACAAGUGGUACUGGCAUUCUAUUUAUUGUGACAUUUUCAAUAAAUAGAUUUAAGUAAAAA